GAAAAGCAUUGUGGUAUAUGUGGUGAACGCUUACUAACAUUUCCCCGACUAAUACGUUACAUAGGACUACAACUCCCUACGACCUACAUGAUAAACGAGAUAAUUUAGCUGUUUUACUUCUCAUUGGCUGUUAGCAAGCAACGUCACAAAGGAAUUCUGGGAUAUGUAGUACGCUUGAAGUGAGAGAAACCAAUAUAACUGUAUGGAAGACUACAAAACCCAAUAGCUACCGCGACUGACAUGGAUGAGUGGCAAGGCGGUGUCAUGUGACAUACAGAGGGCCAAUCUGAGCAGAAGGAUGGGCUGACUGUUUCAGUGUUGCUUUAAGAUUACAACCCUAACGUUGAUGGACUACAGCUUCAGGCAUGCUUCAUCCCUUGAUAAUAUGUUUGAGAAUGCCAAGCAACAGUGUUAGCACUUUAAGCAGAAUGAUCUUUCAAUCUCACACAGAGGAUACAAGGACAUGUUCCAGUCGCAACACAACAACACCUGACCUAUCCCAUUACCAUACCAAGGUUUUUAUUAUGACAAUGGUCCUCCCUUUGCUGCUGUAACAUCCUCUACUCUUCUGGUCUUAAAUAAAAACAUGGAUACUUCAGAUGGACAGACGAAGUUACCAACAAGUGAGUGUAUGGUAGACAACCAGCACGAUUCAGUGGGAGGCAAUAAAACAAAUAAUAUUAUUAAGAAAGAAGAAUAUGAUGAAUUAUCUGUUGAUCCUGUCACAGAGGACAACCCAAAGGUCAUUGAACAAGAAGAAACACCUUGUAAUAUUAGUCUGGUUGAUCAAUCUACACAGGGAAACAACAAUGAUCAUAAUAAAGACACUUUGGAUGAAGAAAAGAAUACACAAGAUAAAAUGAGCAGUAAUAUUGACAACCCUAAAAAAACCUAUAACAACAGGGUACAUGUAUGCUUUGAUUGUGGCAAAGCUUUUACUCGAAGUUCAUCUCUAGUGGUACACAAGAGGACCCAUACAGGGGAAAAACCUUAUGAAUGUAGCACAUGUGGAAGGAACUUCACUUCAACUUCUGAUCUUACAAGACAUCAAAUAACACAUACAGGAGAAAGACCAUAUGUAUGUGGUGAAUGUGGGAAGAGUUAUAGUCACUCAUCCAGCCUUGUUAUUCACUACAGAAUACAUACUGGGGAGAGGCCAUUUGCUUGUGAUGAGUGUGGAAAACGUUUUGCCUGCAGAUCAACUCUAAAUGCUCAUCAGAGAAGACACAUAGAUGAGGUGACAGACAGACUUAUGAAUUUAAAGGGCAGAAAGUUGCCAUCUAAGAAAGUGUUUAAAAAGAACCCCCAAAGCUUUGAUGCACCAGGAGAUACUGUGGCAAAUGCUGAAGACAGAAGAAAAGUCCAUAGAUCAUUUGGUAUGUCAAAGCACAAUUCUACAUUAGAUUCUACUACUCCAUGCUUGGGAGAUGAUACCUUUGUCAAGAAUGAAAAUUCUACAGAAAAGCCUUCAUGUGGUAUCCUUAAAAUAAGUCACUCUGAAAAUUGCAGUCAGGGAAAUCCAACUGCUAAACAGCAUGCAGAUAUGCCAAAGAACACCAAGCCUCCAAAAAAGAUAUAUUUUCGCAGGCAUCAAAAGAAAGAAGUUGUACGUAAGGUCCAUGUCUGUGAUGAUUGCGGGAAACGGUUUACUAGGAGUUCAUCUCUGGUGAUACACAAGAGGACCCAUACAGGGGAGAAACCUUAUGAGUGCAGUAUAUGCAAAAAGAACUUUCCUUCUACCUCUGAUCUUUCACGACACCAGACAACACAUACUGGGGAGAGACCAUAUGUAUGUAGCCAGUGUGGAAAGAGAUAUACUCAUGCUUCCAGCCUAGUUAUUCAUCAAAGAGUACACACCGGAGAAAGACCAUUUUCCUGCAAUCAAUGCGACAAGAGUUUUACCAGUAGAUCAAGUCUAGUUACUCACUACAAGCGACACACUGGAGAGAUGACUCUAAUAUGCAGUGUUUGUGGGAAAGGUUUUCUUACAAAAUUUCAUUUUGCAUUGCACCAGAGAACCCAUACUGGAGAAAGGCCCUUUUCAUGUAGCCAGUGUGGGAAACGAUUCUCUUCCCGUGGAGCUCUAGGUCGACAUGAGGUUAUCCACACAGGAGAGAGGCCAUACAUUUGCAAAACAUGCGGAAAGAGUUAUACACGUGGUUCCCUGCUUAGCAGACAUGAGAGAAUUCAUAUGGAAGUGAGUUCCUUUGUCAAACUUGAGCCUGACAUUCACCUAGAGAGCACAGAGUCUACAAUUUAAAUUAACAUAUUUAUUGCCAAAUAUGUAUUGAUAUUCAUAAUCAGAAAUUAGAAAAAUUACAUUUUGUUCAGAAAUAGUUUUAAAACAUUUUAACUGUACACCAUUUUCUUUCCAAUUUCAUAGCAUGUCCAGAUUUUUUAAAAAUAAAAACAGGUGCACCUUGGAGUCCAAA